GAUUUCAGAGCUAAUGUUGUGAAAUGAGCUUCAUAUGAGCUGCAGGGACGCUUUGCUCGCCGUUCCUGGAGUAGUUUCAGUGAGUUUGAGGAGUUCUUCUGGUUUAAAGGAAAGAGGAGGAGGUGCUUGGAGGAUCAUUGUGUGCAUAGAAGUUGUUUCCUUUAGUUAAAGCCUGGGUUGCAGAAGAUACAAGACGUUCUCUGGAGAAAUAAAGUGACUUUUGGGCACGAUGGGGGAUUUGGUUUCAAGCCAUCUUGAUGAGGGAAAACGGGAGAUUAUCACAGUGCGGACGGGUGAGGUGAUCGGGGAGUUCGGGAGGUUGUAUGAGCAGCAGUAUGCCGUCGCUCUGUUUAAUAAAGUGAGAUUUGAUGUGGAGGGAGGAGGAGGCCCUCAGCCACAGCUACUGCAUCGAAAGGUCCCCCUCGAGAACAAGUCCAUCUUCUCAGGCUCUCUCUUCCAGUACUUGGAGGAGAACAAGAAAUGGAGAAAUCGUUUCCUCUUCGUCCCGGACUCUUACAACAUCAGCUACUACGAGAGCAAGCAGGCUCAUGAUCGAGGCCUCCAACCCAAAGGAACCAUCAACUGUGCUGGAUACAGAGUGCUCACCUCCAUGGAGAAGUACCUGGAGCUGCUUGAGACCAGCCUUCCUGGUGUAAAAGCCAAAGUGGGCAGCUCUCCAUUCCUGAAAUGUGCCACACAGUUCCCACUCAUCCUCUGGCACCCAUACGCCCGGCAUCACUACUUCUGCGUGGGCACGGAGAAGGAGCAGCAGAAGUGGAACGCUGUGUUUCAGGACUGCGUCAGACACUCCAAUAACGGUUUAUCAGAGGAGAGUAAGGUGCAGACUCCAGCGUUCACUGAUGCAGUGCGGCUCUAUCGGCAGGCCCGCGGACAGUACGGCACCUGGGACAUGAUGUGCGGCGUUCCCUCUCAGAUUCUGGCUAAUCUGGUAAUGGAGAAACUGCUUCCUGAGCUGAGGGACCUGAUUACCCCUCGCCUGAAGGGCAAGCUGCAGGAGAGACAGAAAAACUGGAUACUGAUUUCAGACGCCGUGUACGGUUUGGUCCAGAGCCAGGCCCAGACGCAGUAUGAAGCCAUAGUGCAGAGCUGCGAGGCAGGGCGCCCCCCUCUGGAGGCCUCCAUUCGCACAGACAUGGACCAGAUCAUUACCUCCAAAGAGCACGUCACCAGCAAAAUCAGAGCUCUGGUGCUGCCCAAGGCAGAGAAGCUCCUGAAGGUCAGUAUUCAGCCCUACAUCAGCUCCAUCCUGGAGGCCCUGAUGGAGCCCACCAGCCGAGGUUUCUUCGAGGUGCGAGAUGUCUUCUUCAGGGAGCUGGUGGACAUGAGCAAGAACCUUCUGAACGGUGGCAGCAAGGAGAAACUGGGCGAGCACAUGGAGAAGAUCUCCAUGCUGGCCUUCCACCCGGUGAAGAUGCAGGGCUGCUAUGAGAGGGUUGAGCAGCUGAGUCUGGAGGGUCUGCAGCAGAGGUUUGACGUCACCAGCCCCUCGGUCUUUCUCCAGAGAGCUCAGAUCCUCAUGAGGGAGCAAAUGGACGAUGCCGUGUACACAUUCGAGCAGCUUCUCCACCAAAGUCUGGAGGGCCAGGAGGAGGAGGACCUCUGCAAAACCAUCCAGAAAUGCCAGGAUCGGGUCAUCAAGAAAUUUGACUAUGACAGCAGUACUGUACGUAAGAAGUUCUUCAGAGAGGCUCUUCUCCAGGUCUUCAUCCCCUAUAUGCUGAAGCAGCUCUCUCCAUCAUGCUCUGCAGAACUUCCUCGAUUCCAAGAGCUGAUCUUUGAGGACUUCUCUCGCUUCAUUCUCGUCGAGAACAUCUUUGAGGAGGUGGUGCUUCAGACCGUCAUGAAGGACAUUAUGAUGGCUGUGAAAGAGGCUGCCGUCCAGAGAAGGCACAACCUGUACCGAGACAGCAUCGUCCUGACCAGCAGUGACCCCAACCUCCACCUGCUGGAGGAGAACCCGCCCAUCGACUGGGCCGGGGAGUACGGCGGAGAAAAGAACCAGGAGGAGGUGGUGGAUGGAGAUGCAGGAAGUCACGAAGGAGACGCGGCGGCCCAGAAGAGGCGCAGGAUGAAGCAGGUGGUCUCCAUGAUCCAGGAGGACGGAACGGGCACGGUUCUGCCCAACGAGUCCUGCAUAGAGGUGCCUGGUGUGGAGGACAUCCCGGAAGAAGAGGGCGAUCUGGAUUCAGACAACAAGUCUUCCUCUGCCUCUGAAAUGGAAGUGUCCAGCGAAGCCAGCGUACCACAGGAGGCACCUACUCCUGCGUUACCCAAUGGAACUACAAUAAAAGAGGAAAAAACUACAACUCCCAUUGUGCAAGAGCAGGCGCCAAAAUCGCCGCAGGAUCUGGAAACCAAGUUUGCCAUAGAGAGCGCCAUCCAGGAGAUUGAGAAUGCGGUGCAGGAGGAGGAGGAGAAAGAGCAGAACGGAGGGAUGGAUGAGGCUGGAGCUUCUUCAGAACCAGAAUCGGCGCAAACGGUAGCAUUAAUUAGCGAGGGGGUGGUGCCUGAUGCUGCAGACGCAAGUGAGCAGAAAGAGGAACCGGCAGAAGCAAAGCAGGAGGACCAGCACCAGACUGAGCCCUUGAACCCUGAGGAGAACCAUUUACCAGCCGAAAAAGUGGAAGAAGCUGCCAUAGAACCUGCCACAGAAACAGAACCUGCCACAGAUCCAGAACCUUCAACAGAACCGGAACCAGCCGCAGAACAAAUGCAAGAAGAAGAGCAGCAAAGCCAGGAAGUGGUUACGGUUGCCGCUGCGGUCGCUGUGGCGACGGCCUGCUCAGAACUCCAGCAGACAACCGCCGCCGACACCAGCUCGCUCCACCACAACGACAGCGGCUUUCAGUCACCAGCCAAUGAGGUUGCUGAGGAGGAGGAGCCUCAGGUUGUCAUAGCAACGAUGACAACGGAAACGACGGCGACAACGGCAACGGAACCUGAAGGGGAGUCGGGAAAAGAUCAGCACAAUGACUCUGAAACCGGAGAGGAGGAUGCUGGGAAAGGCGCCGACACGCCAGCAGCGUCGCAAACAUAGAUCACUAAAUAAUUAUUGUUUACUAUCUAUUUUCAUAUUAUUUCCUAUUAUUGUUUUAAACAGCAGAUUCCAGCCCAGUGCUUUACUGUACUCAUCUAUUAUACUCAUCUCCACUCAAUCUCUACACUCUAAAGUGACAAUAGCUUGUCGAUAGAGGGAGGAGGGUUUAUUGUAUAUGAUCUUUUGUUUUUUGUUUUUUGUUUGUUUACACAUAAACUAACUGUCUCACACGCUUAGCUUAGACGGCUGUGAGUCCUUUAUUUGAUUCACAUAUCUCAUAAAAAAAUAGGAUAGGAAAAGGUGUCACAUUUCACUUUUUUUGCACAUGUAUUUCAGUGACUCUGACUCUGUCGUAAGCGUACAGAUCUACACAAAUACUCCUCAGCAGGACAAGAUGGCAAGGGCUUCAAAGGAUUCAAAUCCUGAGUCAUGCUACUUUGGCAUCAGCAGCCAGAGUCAAAGAGAGAGCACUGUUGACUCUCAUUGUUGUUCUCCCUAUGGAUACGUAGAUGGCUCUCUCUCCCUUUAUCACCCCUAUUGUGAUGCUGACCAGCACAGGCGUCUGUUGGCCGAUGUAUCAGAGCUGGAGAUCUGGGGCUUUCCUCUGAUUGCAUUGUAACAUGAUUAGAUGUUUUUUUUUGUUUUUUUUUUUAAAGAGGCUCAAUCUAGCUUUCAGUUGCUGUUUCUUUAUAGCCAUGCUUUGUAGCAUUGUUUUCCUUGAUUGUGUCGAUUGUUAAUAUUCUGCUGCACAAUGCUAAUGAAAAUACUCUUAAACUUAAAGCUGCUACAAAGGGUUUUUUUUUUUUUGACUGAUGCCAUAAAUAGAAGAAACGUAUUGGUUCAUUGUAUGAAUUUGAUCCGUUUAGUUUCGGUUUCACACAGCAAUUUAGCACAAUGCGACCUGUCAUCAUUAUCACUGUCAGGUUGCAUACUUGAUCCCUAUAUUUGAUGACUUGAUGAUGAGUUUAUUUGUAGAAGGGCAUGCAUUGAACGCCGAAAUGUCAAUAUCACAAAAUCUUCCUCCAGUAUUCUGUUAUUUCCUUAUACUUGUGUGUGAGGCGAGUGCACACAACGAGGAGUCAGAUUUCAGCAGGGAGGCACAAUUUAGCACAACACCAGUCCUUUUUCGUCUUCUAUUGUUUAACGGGUGAUCACAGCCUGCUUUAACAUUCUAUAAGAGCGGUCCCAAAGUUCAAAACCAAAAAAAAACUUUUUUUUUUUUUUCCUCAAAUGAACCGGUUUAAGCUAAUUUUGGGACUUUUAAUCUGGACCAUAAAUAACAGCACCUUUCACACUUGUUAUUUUUCUUUGGAUCCUUUGGAUCAAAGAAAAAGCUGAAAAAAAUCAGGAUCAAAUGUGGAAGUGAACCAAAAAAUCUUUUUGUUUCACCAAAAGACCAAAACUUUUGAUGGCAUUGCUCCAAAAUAAAAGUUCCUUUUAUCCCUUUUUUCUGUAGCAUCUUUAUAUAUUUUUUUGAGAGCGUGGGUUAGGUUUGACUGUAAGACCGUAGUGCUCAACACUAUACAGCUGACUCCAUACUGGUACUGCUGUGCCUUUUAAUGGUCUGGUAUGGUUUGUGUUUUAUGUUUUUAUUAAUAUCAUUAUUUGCAGUCUUUAUUAGAAGCCUGUUCUCUUUCGCCUUGCUUGACUACAGAUUUGAAAACACUGAAUUUUAUAUAAUUUUUUCUUCAGAUUAAUUUGUAUUUUAUUUUAUGUUGCUUCAUCCAAACUCUCUUAUGAUUCCUUUUGAUGAAUUUAAUUAAAUGAUGGUAAAUGCAAGUGAAGAAUGAGGUGAUAAGGUAUUGCUUAUAGUGAUACAGGGAUGAUAUUGUCAUUAUGGUUGUUAUUAUUUAGCUAUGAUAUUUAGUAGCCUUAUGCUACCCGUGUUAGCGAGAGAGUGAGUUGCUGGGAAAUUAGUACAGAAAAGUUUCUGGUCUAAACUGGUUGAAACACUGCCAACAUAUGCUUACAGCGUAUUUUCCUGACCACACUAUAUCUAUUAUCUAAUUAUAUAAAUAUAUAUAUAUAUAUCAAAUGUUGUUUUUUUUAUUGCUUAAAAUUUCCAAAACUGUGCAUGACAUGCUUAUCGUUUUAAUGAUGCGCUAUCAUGAUUUCAGCCUUAAUCAGAUGGACGUUGGGUAGAUGGUCAGUCUGAGUGGCCCUAGACCAUAAGAGAGUGGACCCACCUGUCAGAAUUGUCUCCAGGGGGUUUCAGUUCUGUGCUUUUUGUUGUAUUUCAAUGAAAUGACAAUGAAAUUCAAUGAAAUGACAAUCAGUCAAUAUUAUUGAUGUGCCUCUACGAUAUAGAACACUUCCCCUUCUGCCCUCCUUUUAUUUUAUAUUCUCUGUUCAUAUGUGACAUGACUUCAGUCUGUCUGCAUAUGCAGUUUCAACUGUCUUCGUUUAAUUGUGUAUUUUUUUUUUAUUUAUUAUCUAAUGCACUUCAUUGCAUCGUAAGGUUUUAUUGUCGCAUUAAAUAUGAUUGAUAAUAAAUCAAAUAGAUUUUA